GGGGGGGGGGCUUUCAAGAGGUCCCCCUUGCGGCCAAACCGCCAUGCAUCGAUUACAUAGCUCCGUUAUGAGACAGUUCCCCAUCCAGUCCAACCUAGAACCAAGUGUCAAUUGCAUUCCCCCACACUCGGCAAGCGGCAUGGCCGACUCCCUUGGAAAGAUUUGCUACGUCUCUCCAAAGACGUCUCCACAAAGACUCAAGGAGCGUGGCAAGUGGGCCACCAAAAGCGAGUUCAUCCUGUCAGUGGCUGGUGCAAUUAUCGGACUUGGGAAUGUUUGGAGGUUUCCUUAUUUAUGCUACAAGAACGGCGGUGGAGCAUUCUUCAUUCCAUAUGUCCUGUUUCUUGGGACCUGCGGUAUCCCUCUAUUUGUCCUGGAGACGGCUCUGGGCCAGUACACCAGUCAAGGGGGAAUCAUGUGCUGGAGGAAGAUCUGCCCCUUGUUUGAAGGCAUCGGAUACGCCGGCCAACUCAUCCUUUUCUAUGGAUGCAUCAGCUACAUGGUCAUUUUAGCCUGGGCGUUUCUCUACUUGUUCUCUUCUUUUUCCAGAGAGAUGCCGUGGGCAACAUGUGAUAAUACAUGGAACACAGACUCUUGCGUCGUAUUGAGCAACUAUAGUGCCAAUUGGACUUCCAAGAUGAACAUAUCAUCAUCUGUUGUGGAGUUUUGGCAACGCCGCGUGCUAAACAUAUCUCCUGGCAUUGAGGUCCUGGGAAAGGUCCAAUGGGAGCUUUCUUUGUGCCUUCUUCUUGCUUGGAUCAUCUGCUACUUUUGUGUCUGGAAGGGGGUGCGAUCCACCGGGAAGGCUACCUACUUCACAGCAACCUUUCCCUUCGUCAUGUUAGUGGUGUUGUUUGUCAGAGGAAUGAGCCUUCCCGGCGCCCUGCAUGGCAUCAAGUACUACUUGUACCCCAAUCCCGCACGGCUCGCUGAUCCACAGGUUUGGAUGGAUGCUGGAACUCAGAUAUUCUACUCCUACGCCAUAUGCUUGGGAUGUCUAACCACACUUGGGAGCUACAAUAAGUACAACAACAAUUGUUACAGAGACUCCUUCUUUCUUUGCUUACUGAAUAGUGGGACCAGCUUUGUUAGUGGCUUUGCUAUUUUCUCAGUUCUGGGCUACAUGUCCCAAAAACAAGGUGUGGACAUCGCCUUGGUAGCUGAGUCAGGUCCAGGUCUUGUCUUCAUCGUGUACCCACAAGCGGUGAGCCUCCUGCCAUGGCCUCAAGUGUGGUCUGUGUGUUUCUUCACCAUGAUCAUCCUGUUGGGAAUCGACGGUCAGUUUGCUGGACUUGAAAGCAUCAUGACCUCUAUCACGGAUAUGUACCCUUCCCAAAUCCAAAAAGGAUACCGGAGAGAGCUUAUUUUAUUGUUUAUCUGUGUUUUUUGCUAUCUCUUUGGCAACUUUUUGGUGUCACAGGCCGGCUCAUACAUUCUGCAGAUUUUUGAUCACUAUGUCUGCAGUGGUCCUACUCUUCUUUUGAUGGCAGUGUUCCAGUCAGUGGUUAUUGGAUGGAUUUAUGGUGCUGAGCGCUUCAGCGACAACAUUGAGGAUAUGAUCGGAUACAAACCUCUGCCGUUGAUUAAGUAUUGUUGGCUCUACGUGACACCUGUGAUAUGCAGCGGAACACUUGUGUUCUUGUUGCUGAAAUACACACCGCUCAAGUUCAACAACACUUACGUGUAUCCUUGGUGGGCCUAUUGGUUUGGCUGGUUCCUUGCUUUGUCUUCCCUAGUUCUGAUCCCCUCCGCCAUGAUCUGCAGAGUGGCCAAAGGAAAAGGGAGUCUCUGGCAGCGUCUGAAGACAAGCACCCAGUGUGCAGAUGAUCUCCCAAUGAUGGCGAAGGAAAUGGCGACACUCCGCAUUGCACUGAAUGCUCACGAUGAUGGCAAAAACAGUAAUAUUCGGUAAAAUAGCAUUGGUUGAAUGACGUUCUACAUACAUAUAUACUGUACAUACAGUAUGUACUAGAUCAGGCUGCUUACUAAAAAUUAUGCGACCUAUUCGUAUCUAUUCUAUGCAGUAUUGGGUAGACAGAAAACUCAAGUUUGGAAAGUUGUUUUUUUUUUCUUUCUUUUUUUUUUUACAAAUUAGUCUAUUGAAAGUGUUCUUAUUACGCUACAGCACACUAAAUCUCUGUCCAAUUCGCGGUUUGGCAUUCACAGAUUUUUUUUGGGGGGGGGUGACCCUAUCCACUUUUAGUCGCUGAAAAACUCACCUAACUGAUUUUGUGCUCUUGCCAAAGCUAUGUCGAAUGCCAUAAUAUUGUUUUGGUAUCUUUUGGCAUCUUGGGACAAUGAACUACAUUGAAGUUAGAGGAGGAGCUUUAUUUAGUCACGCCAUAGCCGUGUCUAAUGGGGAAUAAGUGGUUUGCUGUCAUCUUCUGGCGUUUAUGCGCAAUUACAAACCUUUUUGGAUGGGCAUCAAUUAUACGCGGCAGGGCUCGUUUCCCAUCAUUGCAAAUAGUUGCGAUUCACCAAAUGUAACUCUGGUUGAUUCAGAAUUUGAGAGCCAAUCACAGGUUCGUGGCAGCAUGGCUUAGUGGUAAAGUGGUCGUCUCCCAACCCAGAGGUUGUGGGUUCUAUCCCUUGUGACCAUGUCAAAGUGUCCUUGUGCAAGACAAUGAACCCCCAGUUGCUGCUGCAUCAUCAGUAGGUGAACGAGGAGUCAGUGUGAAGCACUCUGAGUGCCUUCUAGAUGGAAAAGUGCUCCACAAGUGAAAGUCCCAUUUAACCAAGUUGGACAGUUUGGAAAGGGACCAAAAUUGGGGGAAAGAUAGGCUUCUGAAGUCGCAAAAAAACAGCGGAUACACAUACUGUACACGUAUUCAAUGUACUUGACUAGAAUUCAGUUCAACACCAAAGACCAAAGGAUUAAAUCUGUCAUAUUAGUGCUUAACUUCUUUUUAUAAUUACGUGACAGUUAAUGUGGCAUUUGUGAGGUUUCUACUACAUCCUUCUCAUUCUUUAUGAAAGGUAAUAAGAGAGUGUUUUGUAUUUUACUAGGAAUUCUUUAGGACAACUAAUGCUAGUAGGACAACUACAUGUUCUUACUGAGGCAAAACCAGGCUCAGAGUGUCUAAUCUGCAACACCAGAGGAAUACCCGGUGGGCUCGGCUCCUAGGGCUGCUAUUAUAGUCUAUUUUGGGUCCAUUUUGAAAUCAUCAAACCAACUGCCUUUGGUAGCUCGAGCUGUGUUAUUGCCUUCUGUUUACAACUACAUUUCCACAUUGUAUAAAAUGGGUAGGCCAUUACAAUAUAUAGACAGUGUAGCACUGACAAACGUUGUUACGAAGGUUGUCACCAAAAGUCCUAAUUAUUUAAAACCAAAAGUACCAAUAAUUGAAUACACAACUAGAAAAAAAAAACACCACUCUAACUAUAUGUCUUUACAAACACAGUCACAAGUGUUAAUUGGAACUGGAACAAAGCAUUGCUCAAAGGACUUUUUGGAAAGCCGUUUGAGUAUUACUAACCACUAGUGUUGCACAUUUGGAUAGGGACUAACAAUCUUGGAACAAAAAUAGGCUUCUAAAAUUGCACAAAAGAAAAAAAAGUUGAACUGCAUACACAUGCAUGCAAGCAUUGAAUGUACUGUACCUCGCUAGUUCUCAGUUCAGACAGCACCAAAGGAUGAACUAUGUGUUGCAUUGGUGCUUUGCUUCAUUUUACUACCGUGUGUUAUAAAAAUAAGACUUUUGAGGAAUCUCUAACACCCUCCUCAUUUUUUUUUUUUUAUAAGCGAGUGUUUUGUUGUUUUGACAUUUAUAUCUAAUAUAGACAAUAUUAAUAUACUGUAGUCUCUUUUUUUGGCCAGAAUGUUGUUUUGGUCUUUUCAUCUCUGUGUUAUGCAAGUGACCUUUACCAAAGACACUGACACACCCUUGUGUCAUAUAAAGUGGGGUACAUACAUACCGAUAACCUGAUCUCUCUCAACAGAGCAUUUUCUGUCCUUUCGAUCAAAGGUCAGUAAAGACGCGAUUGUUGGAUGCCUCUGAAAGGUUAUCCUGUUGUGAGGGGUUUGUUAACAGGGAUUUUUUUUUUCCUCUUUCCGGAAAUGUUAAACCUGUUCAAUAUUUACAAUCGCAAAUCCUCAUGUGUGUGGUCAACGAUUUUGGACAAACCAGGGAUUCCGUGAUUGUGACGUGACCUGAGGCUCAUGCUGUUGCCAGACACAAAAUAAAGGAAUAAGUGUUGA